CUGAGACGCCUCAAGAGCGGACACGUCGCUUUUCCUGCUGGAUGGACGGACGAACGAACCACCAAAACAAACGCUCCAUGCUGCUGGCUCCUUAUCGGGGUGCGCCGCUGGCGGCUUGUCCGGCCAGAGGAGCGACGCUCUGAGACUUCGCAAGCUCACUGGUCCCGAUGACUACAUGGUACCGUUAAAAUGACGACUAAUCUCGUUAUUGUCGCGUGUGUCUUCACUUUAAUACACGGCUGUGGCGGUGCCGACUCAGAGGAGCGCCUCAUUAACUGGCUGCUAGGCGAGCACCGCUACAAUCCGCUCAUCCGCCCCGCGGUCAACCGGACCGAGAGGGUAACCGUGAAGCUGCAGGUGUCUCUGGCGCAGCUCAUCAGCGUAAAUGAAAGGGAGCAGAUCAUGACUACCAAUGUCUGGCUUACUCAGCACUGGGUAGACUACAGGUUAUCGUGGGACCCCGCCAAGUACGAAGGAAUCGACAAGCUGCGCAUUCCCUCCAGACACGUCUGGCUGCCUGAUAUUGUCCUCUAUAACAAUGCCGACGGGACGUACGAGGUGACAGUCUUCACCAACGUCAUUGUGCUCUCCAACGGCAGCAUUAACUGGCUCCCGCCCGCCAUCUACAAGAGCGCCUGCAAGAUCGAGGUCAAGCAUUUCCCCUUCGACCAGCAAAACUGCACCCUUAAAUUCCGCUCAUGGACCUACGACCACACUGAGAUUGACCUGAUGUUGAAAACGGAGGUGGCCAGCAUGGAUGACUUCACGCCCAGCGGCGAGUGGGACAUCCUGGCGCUGCCAGGCCGGCGGACGGUCAACCCGCUGGAUGCCACCUACGUGGACGUCACGUAUGACUUCAUCAUCAAGAGGAAGCCACUUUUCUACACAAUCAACCUGAUCAUUCCGUGUGUGCUGAUUACCUCUCUAGCCAUCCUGGUCUUCUACCUUCCCUCAGACUGCGGCGAGAAGAUGACCCUGUGCAUUUCCGUCUUGUUAGCCCUCACCGUCUUCCUGCUCCUGAUCUCCAAGAUCGUCCCCCCGACAUCUCUGGAUGUGCCGCUGAUCGGCAAGUACCUGAUGUUCACCAUGGUGCUGGUGACCUUCUCCAUCAUCACCAGCGUAUGCGUGCUCAACGUCCACCACCGUUCCCCCAGCACCCACACCAUGCCCCCCUGGGUCAAGCUCAUCUUUCUGGUCAAACUGCCGAGCUUGCUGUUCAUGAGACGCCCUCACAAUAACGCUGCCCUUCAUAGGCUGCGAAAACAGAGAUCGGGGAGGACAGUUCUGGGCUUGGGUUGCCCCGUCACAUCCAAAACUGGUUUUCCGCAGACGACUUCGGCCUUCCUGCCUUCAGACUCCGCCUUCUCAACACUAGGACAUAAAAGUGCCCCCACUCUGGGCCUUAGCCACCCCAAUAAAGGCGGGUUGCGGUCUACGGAAUGCGUUCCUGGUGCUUUGGACCUCCAUCUUAGAAGCAAUUCAAACUUGGCUACAGACGUCCAAGAGGCGGUGAAUGGGGUGCGUUUUGUAGCGGACCACAUGAUGGCGGAAGAUGACGAUCAAAGUGUGGUCGAAGACUGGAAGUACGUGGCCAUGGUGGUGGAUCGCAUGUUCCUGUGGAUCUUCGUGAUUGUGUGCGUGGUGGGCACGCUGGGCUUGUUCCUCCAGCCCCUCUUUCAGAGUCAGGUGUCUCACCAACAUCAGCAGCCCACCUCUGAGAUGCCUCGCAUUUGAUCAGUGUGGGUUUUUUACCAUCUUUG